UGGCAGUUCAGGUUAAGCACUGGUGGCUUGGGUUGGAGCAGUGUGGAUGCCUGCUUCAAACUGGGACAGCUGGUUUCGCUCUUUCCACAUGGGGCAGGUGGGGAAAUAAGAGGCUUCUGCCUUGGGAUCCAAUACCAGUGUCCAUUCUCUUCUGGGGAUUAAAGCUGCUAUGGAAACAGGCAAAGAGUCCCAUUCCUCAUCGGAGUUCUCCAACUAUGGGGCCGAGUCCGUUCAUCACACAGACAAGGAGAUUCAAGCAGACAUGGAUCGCUCCAGCAAUAUGGAAGGCUCAUAUCAAGAAGGCAGUGCGGACCUCAAGGAGAUACAGGCAGGAAUUGAGUUUGCCGUGCAGAUAUCACCAAUUAAAGAAUCCAAAAAGCACAAGGAAAACACAGAUGCAGUGAUAGAGACCCCAGGCUCUUCGUUCAACCACGAUGAUAUAAUGGAGACCUUGGACAAUAAGAACCAAGCUGUGCGGCUGGCAGUCAGUGCUACAAGAGGGACCAGUACUUUGCAGCCAGAAGCCUUCUCCAGGAUUGACGAGGCCAGCAGUUUAGAGGGAAUGGGUCAGCUGAGCAUCAGGCAUAUCACGGCAGCCGACCUUGACUUGGAGAAGAUGAGACUGGAAGGGGCCAUGACCCGGCUGAAGUACCGACAAGAGGACAACGAAAAGCAGAGGCAGCAUGAGGAAAGAAUGGCACAGUUGCGUCUCCAGGCCAGAUCUCGAUCAAUUGGAGAAGAGCUUCGUGAAUUAUUCCAGCCUCAGAACCAGUAUGCCCUAUUUUUUUUCUGCUUCAUCUUUAUCCAUGUUAUUUACACCGCCAAGGAGCUGGCUUUCUAUUUUAUUACCAAACACCACCUAUUCUGCUUUGUCUUGUUGCUGUAUUUCCUUUGCAAGAAAAUCCUCUUCAAUUGCAAAGGCCAGAAAAAUUGACUGAGAAAUAGCAGCAGAUGCUCAACUAGAAAGGAAAAGGGUCAAAGGAAUCCCUGAUGUCGUUGCAUCUCCGUACUGUCCUCUCUUCUUUCCUCUUUAUAUUUCUUCUUUCCUAAGCUGCACAAUAAAUGCAAAUGUCAGUGUGGUGUCUUAAGGUCCCAAGAGGUUCCUCUGUGUUGCAUAUUGGGGUUUCCCCACUUUGUUAUUCACGUAAAGGCUCUUCGACUUCAUCACCAGUAGGAAUAAACUGACCUGUGAUUUUAAAAAAUUGA